AUGCUGCAGCCCUGGGAAACUGCACUCAGUCGCAAGCUGAAGUUGGUGGACACCAUGUUACUGGUGAAGGCGCUGCGGUCCUCGCCGCUCACAUCGCAGAUCUGGCUGGUGUGCAGCCUUCUUCUGCGACGGCAGUCUGUCAAGCGAAAGCCCACCUCGUCACGGAGCCACAUGCCUACCACAAGGGCGCAAGGAAUCGGCACGGUCCUCCUUACCCUGGCCAUGGUGCUGGCCUUUGGCGGUCGGCCUGCUUCGGCUCAGGGCAGCUGCGGCCUCCUGGCGACGAACACGCAACCAGAUGGAGGGAGGUUCCAGGUGUCCUCUGUGGCACAGGAGCUUACCACAACUGAAGACUGUUAUAAAACAGCGUAUGUGCUGACAUCACAUUGCCGCGCAUUCCUCCCAGCUGUACCACUCGCCGUCUGGCGGCGGUCCUUUUUCUACACCGAGCUGGACAAUCAAACGCAACUGCCCAACUCCACGUUCAACGUCAACGCGCCCGCAGAAACUGGUGGUGUGUACACCUUCUACUCAACUUCGCCCUCUGGCAUCCAGCUCUUCAGCAACACCACCUACUGGCUCCUCCUCGACAUGUCCAUCCCACAGCCAGUGACCUCCUCCCAAGAAGUGCCUCCCAGCAACUCCGGCGCACCCAUAGCACUGGGCGUUUACUACUACUUUUGGUCAGGUUGGACCUCGAGUGACGUGGCCGCCAAGGUCAACAUCACGGGUUGUCCUGGCCGCAUCCCUCCCCCUUCGCCAUCGCCCUCAGCGUCCCCCAGCUGCGCUCCGGCGGUGUCGCCCGUGGCCAAGGUGCGCUCCGACAUCGAUGACAACGACCCCAUCGCCUCGCUCUUCAAGGACAGCGAGAGACCCGGCAAAAACGACGUGGUGGGGGUCAGGUCCUCAUUCAAAGAUCUUCAGCUGGGUCCAGAGACUGCUCCGGUUGCCAUCGAUGCGUUUGUCGUCCGCACGGAAAACAGCACCACGGAAGCCGGAGAUGUGCUCACGACCACCUACUACACGGCGGGACUGGCCGACAACACGACCUCUCUUGAGCAGGCGUUCGCCUUCUACGAUCACCCCACCGACAGCCAGUUCAAUGCCACCCUCUUCACCAUCGGCGCCAAUUCUGUCAAGUGGUCGGUCAACCUCACCGUCAGCACUGCGGUGCCGACCAACAACACCGACGGCCCCGACAACCGCACCAUGUCCGAACCAGCCGGUGACACGCCGCUGACCAUCCGCUACGGGCUGGCGGCGUUGAGCUCCUCGGUCUCGGCAUCGCUCAGUCGCAACGGGCAAGUGAUCCGCCGGGGCGGCGAACCGCAGGCAGGAAUGACGACCUACUACGUGCCCCUGCUCGACGACACCGUCACGGCUUCGUCGUCGUCGCAUUCCUCUUCUUUGCUGGUGGCCAAGGUGGAAGUGCUCGAUUUGGCGCUGGUCGAUGGCGCGUGGGUUCCUCUGCUCAGUCACGACGUGGUGCUGGCCAAUUCGUCGGCGGGUUACUUGCCCGAGUAUGUGCUGGUGCUCGAGUUCCCGCCGUUCAACCGCUCGCUCUACUACGACCCAUCGGUCAGCCUGGGCGUCCUCCUCUCCCGCGAUGGCUCCGGCGACACGUCCAGCGAUCUGGCCCUCAUCGUGGCAACCUCGGUGGCGAUCCCCCUGGCCGUUCUGUUCGUGGUCGCGGUGGCUGUUGCGGGUGUGACAUUCCUUGCUUGGCGCAAGAAGCAAGCACGUGGACACCUGCAAAGGCGUAUGGCUCAGCUCCGCAGUGAUGUGUAA